CAAGUCCUUCCCUCUUGUUGCUCUAUGCCAAAAGGUGGCAGAGAACCCAAGGAUAAAGAGAGAAUGGAUCAAGUUUGGUUUACCUCAGAAAGCAUUCUUUCUAGAACAUGAUUACUUCCAUGAGCCAACCACUGAGUCUUGGUUGCCUUAGAAGCCCUCUGAUAUUUAGGGUGAAGACGACAUAAGUAGUUCAGAUUUUUCCAGUUGCUCUCCGAGGGAACAAUGUUGGUCUGCUACAAACUACCAUGUCAUAGCCCAAAGUGGAAAUGCUGAACUAUUGUUGAGUAUUUACUAUUUGCCAGGCACUCUGAUGGAUCCUUACCUGUGUUGGCUCACAUUUUUUCAGCAGUUCUUUGAAUUGCUGAAGCUCGGACAGACUAAGUAACUUGCUCAAAAUUUUUGAGAGGCAGAACCAAGGAACGUACCUCCACAGCCUCUAAAGCUCUACUCUCUCUGUCACACUAGGCUCAAAAUAGCCUGUCUGGUAAUGGCUAAAGAUUAAUGGUCAUUUGGUCCAAAAACAACAUAAAAUUGGAUAUCCGAGAUUCUGUAUACUAAUUUUUAAUGGAGAAACUAAGAUACCUGACAAAUUAGAGCGCUCAAUAAACCACACCCUUCAAAUUUUGAAGGAAAUGAUUCAGACUUCUGGCUUAAAGAGCAGAAGAUACUCACAAGAAAAAUUUCAGAAAGAGGAAAGGAUCAAAAGCCAUGUGUGGUCCCUCUGAAUUCGCCUGGCGAGAAGGGCUUGAGUUCCUCAGGAGAGAGAAGGCGAAAAAGAACUUCUCCGUCAGUCACCUGCUAGACCUGGAGGAAGCCGGGGACAUGGUGGCGGCGCAGGCGGACGAGAGCGUGGGCGAGGCCGGCCGGAGCCUACUGGAGUCGCCGGGACUCACCAGCGGCAGCGACACCCCGCAGCAGGACAAUGACCAGCUGAACUCCGAGGAAAAGAAGAAGAGAAAGCAACGGAGGAACCGGACGACCUUCAACAGCAGCCAGCUGCAGGCUCUGGAGCGCGUCUUUGAGCGGACACACUACCCAGACGCCUUUGUGCGAGAGGACCUCGCCCGCCGGGUGAACCUCACCGAGGCCAGAGUGCAGGUGUGGUUUCAGAACCGAAGAGCCAAAUUCCGCAGGAAUGAGAGAGCCAUGCUGGCCAAUAAAAACGCUUCCCUCCUCAAAUCCUACUCAGGGGACGUGACUGCCGUGGAACAACCCAUUGUACCUCGUCCUGCUCCAAGACCCACCGACUAUCUGUCCUGGGGGACGGCCUCUCCGUACAGCGCCAUGGCCACUUACUCUGCCACAUGUGCCAACAAUAGCCCUGCACAGGGCAUCAACAUGGCCAACAGCAUUGCCAACCUGAGACUGAAGGCCAAGGAAUAUAGUUUACAGAGGAACCAGGUGCCAACAGUCAACUGAGGAAAAAAAAAUAAUUAAGCAGGCCUAAGAAGAAAUCAAAAACCAUAAGACACCUAUCCUGCUCUGUCAUUUCUUCAUCUGCUGGAAAAAAAAAUCAAUAAAAACAAACAAACCAAAAACCUGAACUAAAAUAUUGGGACCAUGGCAGAGAAAAGCAGGAGAGGAGCAAAAUGAAAAUUAGUUAACCAAUGUUUCUCCUCCCUCUGGGAUCCCACCACCACUUGUUUCUGUGUGUGUUAAUUUUGUUUUUCCUUCUAUUCAUGCGCUUUGCUUUAAUAUACUCCAAGCUUCUUCAGUUAGGUUCAGCCCACCCACCCCCAUGAUUGUAUGGGUUUAAAAAAAAAAAACCCUACAGCAGCCAAAGAAAUCGUAUAUAUAUUCAGAAUCAUUGUCUAUAGUCUCCUCAGUGACCUGUUUGAACUUCAGUGCCUUACCCUUUCCUUCUUCCCAGUUCUCUGUAUAGAAGCUCUAGAAACUUCUGGAAAGCCAAAGUCUUUCUGCAGAAUCUGUGCCAGAUACGAUUUCCUUUCUCGUUGUCUCCAUCUCUGUUGGUCACGGUACGGCUUUUCCAUCAGCUACUGUUAACCACAUCUGGCCACUGCCUUGUCAGAUCCAACGCGAUUGGCUGUGUCUGGCUAGUUCUAAGCUCCAAGCUGUAGAUCUAAGCUCUAUUUACUAUAAGCUAUAGAUUUAAGCUCUAAGCUGUAGAUGAUAAUAUCACCAUCACCACCGCCCCUCACCCCCAUCUGAGCAGUCAGCCACAUUAAGUUAAAGAUAUUUGUUGUUUCUGAAUGAUUUGCUGUCACGGGCUAUUUGUUAAAAGAAAUAUAUUUCGCUUGAGAGAGGGAGAGAAAUUUCUCUAGGAAAACAGAGACUGAGUUGUGAAAGGCAUGGCCUACAUCUCUUUAGUGCCUUAAGGGUAGUCAGAUGCACACUUAUAUAUAUAUACUGUAUAUAUUUAUAUAUUUUAUAUAUAUAUAUAUAAAAUAUUCUUGCAAGCUUGAGUUUGCAAACUCAAACACUACAAAAAGCAGGUUUCACGCCGUCAACACUGUCCUUAUCUCUACAGUGAUGAGAUGUUUUUAGGGAUCUUGUUUCCUUUCUUUCUCUACACACAAUUCUCAUCAAGGCCACAGAGCAACUGAUAGGGCAUCUGUUUGAGAACAGGUCUCAUUUUCACAUUUGGGCUUCAAAUAAAUCAGAACCUAUUUGAGGCUCUGACAGUGUUCUUAGUUUGGAGUCUGAGCUCCGGUGGAAUGGGGAUAGAUCCUGGUACACCUUAUGGGAAUUACACUCAGAGGAUGGAAAGCCAUGUACUUUUCUGCUUCUCCACUCGACAGGAAUCUGAAAGACCAUGUUUAAAUGGGAUACUUAAAGGCUUGUCUAAGUUCCAAAAAUGGAAAAGGCAACUGUGGGCCAUUCUCUUUCUAAUACAGUAUUUUGAAAUAAAGUUUAGUGCCUAGGGCUGCGAGCCAGGACUGACCUGUCUUUGUUUCUUUCUUUUUGUCUCCAGCUGUGCUUUGGUAACUUGUCAGGUGGACUAGACCAAACUACACCACCGUGCUGUGCCUCAGUUUACCUUUUUUGUAAAAGUGGGUUUAACAAUACUUACCUACCUCACAGGGGUGUUGUGAGGCUCCUUUCAUUUGCUCCUUCAUUCUUUCCUGUACUUUCUCUUUGUGCAGCACUUUGUAGCCAUGGGAGGAAAGAGACUAUAAAAGUACACAACGUUAAUGGAAAGAUAUGGUACCUGGAAGCCUUGUUUCCUAGCAAGAAAAUGCUACCUUGCUGUAAAUACUUACAGCCUCAUAUUUGGAAAUGAGAAGUAGGUUUAUACUUCCAGACCUCUCAAAAAUCACAUCACUUGACCAAAGAAUAAUGUAAGAUGCACAGAACAGACAUAUUCUUGACCUAUUUUUAUUCCUGACCAGGUUGGUUCCAGUAAUCUUAGUUGUCAGUAAUUAAAAAGCUUUAGAUUGGCUUUGGCCAAAUAUGCCAACUCUGAAUGACAGGCAAGGACUAAGAUGCACUUUCGUCACACAUUUGCUACGCCUUCCACCUGGCACCUUGAGUGAACGGUGGUAGUUUUUUCAGCCAAACAGCCACCGAUCUGAAAACAUAUUUUGAAUGUUGCUUCUGUACUUCUUUUCACAAUGAGAAGGAAGCCCAUCUUAUGCAUUUUGCUUUCACCAACUGAUCCCCUCUUCUUUUAAUACAACUAUUAAACAGAUGUUUUAUGUAGGCUGGCUGAACACCACAUAUGACUUGCUUCCUAAAGAGUCCCUCGGUGAAGUCUUCUGUCCCGCUAGCUGCUGUGGAUUCUCAAGAUUCAAAGGAACGGUGUGGUCCAACAGAUUAAAACAUUCUUUGUGAAAUAAGUACAAUCCGAGACAUUGGCGAACUCUUGGAGUUUGGACUUUGGGGAGAAGAGCCACAAGUGCGUUUGGGUGAUAGUGCAGGGAACAGAAAUCACACACGACAAGAUGUUGCUGGAUGGGGGAGUCUUCGAAGAGGGUGUAAAGGGAUAGAAGGUCCUGUGAAACAGUCAUUUGAAGCUUUCAUCCUGACACCCGUUUUCAGCAGUGCGCAGAAAACCCCAAACCCCAAACCCAAAUGCUCUGUGAAACUGGGCAGUUUUACUACUAGAGCCUGGGAAGCGAUGUCUGAGAAUGUCCGAGAUUAACGAUGAGACUAUCCGAGAAUAUCCGAGAUCAGCCAUAGGAGCUUUAAUUGAUAACGAAAGCAUCUGUUAUUUAAGCACCUGAUCAAGAAGUAUACACAUGGGACAAGCACUCAGUAUUGUUCAUUUAUAAUUGAUUUUUUUUAAGGUAGAAGUUGGAUAUCGGAUUUAGAGGAGUAGCCUUUUGGCUCCCAAGCCAGGUCUCAAGAGAGGGUCUCGGGACCACAAAGUCCCAAGGCAUACACACCCCUGUUCCUCGCCAUCAUUAUACCCAGGUGCAGAUAAUACGUACCAACUAUCUGUGUCCCCAAUCCCUCCCCAAAGGAGAUGCUGAUUUGUAGGAUACCUGGCAGGUUAAAAUUAACCAGAGAAGGUGAUUGAAUAAAAAAAAGGGAAUGACACUUAGGGUAUAAAGAUCUCAUAAGAAAUGUAAUAUGUAAAUUAUAUCUUGCUUUAUGAUGUAAAAUAUACAUUGUUUGCGCUAGAAUAGAAAUGAUUCCUUUUCAAUAAAAAGAAGAAGGAUACUA